AAAGCGUUAGCAACUCGUACAAGCUUUCUCUUCUCUCUCCUCAAAAACCAACUAACAACGAAGAGCCUGUCUCCUCUCUCCCCUUUUUUUUUUUUCUCUCUUUGGAUUCAAAGUUUUUUUCUUUUUCUUUUCUUUUUUUUUUUGGGGUUUUGGCUUCGUUAAAACCCUAGAUUCCUCCCCAUUAUACGAAGGGGGGGAGAGCUAAGCUUUGUGGGUUUCAACAUUUAAAUUAUGGAUUUAGAAGAUAAAUUCCUUGCUAAAGUUUCUGGCUUACAGAGUCUUUCAUCCAGUGUGCAAAGCACCCCCGAGAAAAAUGGCCAUUCAGAUGAUGCAUCAAGAAGUCCAGAACUCCUGCAGGAGUUUCUGAAAUCAGGUCCUAGAAAGGAGCUUCUUCGAACCUGUUUUGAUAAAGAAAAGAAAAAUUCAGCUUCUUCAAAGAGCAAAAUGACUGAAGCUUUAAGGUUGAGUAACAAGACAAUCAAGAAGCCAGAGUUGAGAAAGGCCUCAUUCACUGCCAACAGUCAGCCUUCCUCUAGGAAGCAGAACAGAAAGGGGGAGAACCCGAUGCGGGUGCUCCCAGCUUCUGAGCUGCCUUCAGAUCUUGGAUUUUCUAACUCAUGGAUAUGUAAAAACUCUGCUUGCAGAGCUGUUCUGUCCAUAGAUGACACAUUUUGCAAGAGAUGCUCGUGUUGCAUCUGUCACUUAUUUGAUGACAAUAAGGACCCAAGUCUUUGGUUGGUAUGCACCUCUGAAUCUGGCGAGGGGGAUUAUUGUGGGUUGUCAUGCCAUAUUGAAUGUGCUCUUCAACGUGAUAAGGUGGGGGUCGUUGAUCUUGGCCAAUUGAUGCAGCUAGAUGGUAGUUAUUGUUGUGCUUCAUGUGGUAAAGUUUCAGGUAUAUUGGGAUGUUGGAAGAAGCAGCUAAGCAUAGCAAAGGACGCUCGCCGCCUGGAUGUUCUUUGUUAUAGGAUAUACUUGAGUUACAGGCUCCUAGAUAAGACUUCUCGCUUUAAAGAACUGCAUGAGUUUGUGAGAGAUGGUAAGGCCAAACUAGAAAAAGAAGUGGGCCCAGUGAAUGGAGUCCAUGCCAAAAUGGCACGAGGAAUUGUCAGCAGGCUUUCUGUUGCUGGUGAUAUACAGAAACUAUGCUCUCUUGCAAUUGAAAAAGCAGAUGAAUGGCUGGCGACCAUGUCUAAUACUAGCCCAAAGUGCCAAGAUUCACGUCCCGCUGCUUGCAGGUUUCUAUUUGAAGAAGUUACAUCGUCAUCUGUUGUAAUUAUUCUAAUUGAACUGUCUACUGCAUCACCUGAUGAUAUUAAGGGCUACAAGCUCUGGUAUUUUAAGAGCAGAGAUGAGACACAUACAAAAGAGCCUAUCUCUGUCUUUCCAAGUACUCAGAGAAGGAUUUUGAUAUCUAAUCUGCAGCCAUGUACCGAGUACACCUUUCGCAUUGUUUCUUAUACUGAAGCUGGUGACUUGGGCCAUUCUGAGGCUAAAUGUUUCACCAAGAGUGUAGAGUUAAUUCACAAGAAUCCUAAUCCAGCAGCUGUCAUGAAUCAGAGGAAAGAGAAUACCCAUAUUGAAGGAAGUUCUUUAGGUUCAAAGGAGCUCCCAGCACUUGGUUCUUCUGGAUUUAAGGUUCGAGACCUUGGAAAGAUCCUGCGUCUGGCUUGGGCUCAAGAGCAAGGCUGCUUUGAAGGGUUUUGCAGUGCUGAUGUAGAAAAAUGCUGUGGAGCCAGCAAAAUUAUUAUGCCUGAAACUCAAGAAGAUGAUCGUAUGCCAUCUGUUUCACGUGGGCUUGACUUAAAUGUUGUCUCCGUGCCUGAUCUAAACGAAGAACUAACUCCUCCAUUUGAGUCCUCCAGGGAUGAAGAUAAUGGUUGCUGCACUUUAGAACAGGCUAUGGAGGCAGAUGAUGAUGCUGCUUCUCAUGAAAUAGAGAAGAAUGGAUUAGCAAGAUCACAUGGUAGUGGUGAUUCCACCUGGACUAAUGGGCCAACAGGGGAAGUGCCUGCUGUUGAUUCCCAUACAGAGUUGUGCAGGAAAAGAGUGGAAAACUCACAUGAAGAGACACAUGACUGUGAUAGCACUCUCAUAAAUGGGUCACCAUUUCGAAUCUCCAAUGAUUCAGGUUCUUUGGAUGAAAAUUUUGAGUCCUGUGUGAAGAUAAUCAGAUGUCUAGAAUGUGAGGGUCAUAUUAACCAAGAAUUCAGGUUGAAAUUACUAACAUGGUUUAGCUUGAGAUCAACAGAGCAGGAGCGUAGAGUGGUCAACACAUUCAUUCAAACCCUUAUUGAUGAUCCAAGUAGCUUGGCAGGGCAGUUGGUUGACUCAUUUUCUGAUAUCAUAUCUAGCAAGAGGCCACGAAAUGGAUUCUGUAGUAAGCUGUGGCACUAAAUUAGUUCAGGGCAUUCUAAAAUACAGGAUUGCUGUUUGCUUCAUGAUUAUUCUUUUCUUGUGGUAAACUUACCCCUGAUUGUUUCACCAACUUUGUACAGGCAUUUUUUCCUAAUCACUUUCAGAAGGUGAUUCUUUGUAUUGCGGACUAGAUUGUUCGGCUAAAGAUUUGGGUUGCCAAUUGCUGGCACAAUUCCCAUUUUAGUUGAAGUGGGGCCUUGAACGUGAGUGUUCAUGUUGUAGAAGGCACUUUUCAUUUCCUAAAACAUCCUAGUUACAUUUGAAGCAGUAGACUUUUAAUCAUGGAGAAUAUAUGUAUGGAUGCUUUAUUGCCUUCUUUAAUUCAAAGAAGGGUAUAUGAAUUAAUCUUGAAUUUUAUUUGGUUACA